CCACUUUCCAGACCUCGGGUUUAGUAAUUACAUCGUUUACUUUGCCUGCACGAAGUGGCCUCGUGACUCAAAUUUCCGUGACCGUCGUUUGACGCAGUCUCUUGCAUUCCCGAGUCUUCAGUUGUCUUUUUACUUUCUUAGAUUCGGUAAUCUAAUCAUUCUUUGGUAUGGCGCCUUCCUGCAGCUGUGCGACCUGUCGCGGGUGUUCCGUCGCCUCGCGACUCGUGUCCAAACACGAGUUGCUGUUCGACGAAGUGUCGGACACUUAUGUACAUCGGUUUACUUUUACCGAUGAUUCGGUAAUUAUUAUUCCAUGUACGCGGGGGCGACGGGCCCUCGCGACGUUAGAGGUCGCACUGGAGAAAGCAGGGGCGGCGUACUCUUGCGGGUACGCGGCUACGCGGUGCGCUAACAGCGAGGACGCUAAACCCUGGGACGCAGGGCAACUACAGAAACACAGCAGGCAGACCGUUUUCGAAGCCGUGGUGCGUCGGUC